AGGCCUGACUGUCGCAGACCCUUGCAACUCGCGGCCUUGCUGGCCUGUAGAGGUCAGGUUUGCUGCAGGGGUGCGAGAACUGCUUUGACUGGUGCCCCGGGUCGCCUCGAAUCCCCCCUUAGGUUGACUGUAGCUUGGUCUUGGCGUGGAGAUGAGAUCUCCCAAGAAACAACUCUCUUUCAAGAAGCUCUCUUAAAAACUUGACUUGUUUCCAACUGAUAAACAAAGACCAUUACUUUCAUAAUACUGUUGCUUUGUUAUCGAACACAUUUCCUGCAAAGAAUUUUAAGAAUUGACGUCGAGUUGCCUCUGCUUGCAUACAGACUUGCUUUUAAGACAGCCUGCCGCCUACUCCAUACAAAAGCAGAUUUUUAAGACAGCCUGCCGCCUACUCCAUACAAAAGCAAAUGAAAUGUUCUUUAAUGCCUCUGACAUAUUUUUGCAGUAUUUUGAAAUGGAAGAAAAAAAAUUCAUAAUCAAGACUUUUGGAGGUAUUCAAACUUUAAUGUAGCAAAAUCUUUUUUUUUUUUUAAUCAUCAUCUGCAAAAACAGCUCUCUUGAGGCACCACAAAAUCUUACUCUUUUUUUUUUUGCUGAAUUGGGUCCCAGAUCUAACAUUACUUAGCACAAUCCUAGUUAAUAUUUUGAAUACUACUCAUGUGUGGGUGAUUCCUAUUAAAUCAGAAUCUUACCCUGUGCUAAUUUGGAAAUAUAAGCAUAAAAAAUUCCUGUAUUCUCACCUUCCCCUUUUCUCCGAAAUUUAUUUUCCUUAUUUCUAAUUUUUGUUAGGCCUUUUCGUUGAGGUCUUGAUUUAUCUUCCAUAUUUGAAAUAUUAUUCUUUUUAUAUUUCCUAUCCUAUCUAAAUAAUUACCUAUUUUUAUAGUUGCCUCCUGACACUAUAAAUUCCAAACCAUUAAUCAUUUCGUUUCCUUCCAUGCUGCUUUAGCUUCUUUAUGUUCUUCCUGCCACAUCUCCUUAUACAGAGUCACAGAUAUUUUAUUACAGCCUUCCAAACUAUCAGUUUGUGUUUAUAAACUUUAAAAGCUGUUUUUAAAGGCUUUCUCUUUCACGCCUUCACACCACUAAUUUUGUCUAAAGAGCUGACAAGUGAUUUAGAUGGUGAGAAAAUAUAAAUUCUUUCCACUCUCUUAUGCCUUCUCUAUCGUGUUCUGUUAUUAAAAAGUUUUUGUUAUUUUAGUUACAGUGUUUGAAUUGUCAAAAGAUUUGAAGGUUACUUUCUUUACUUGUUCACUUAGAACUUUGCUAUCACCGAUUAAUGUUUUUCUUUCUGGGAAGUGAAUUUUUAAAAUUAUAUUGAGAAUUAUCUGCACUUUCCUCUAUAUUUGUAAUGUUUUAUACAAAAGCUACAAGGAAAGUGGUCUUGACUUAAAGACAGGACUCUGUAGGUCAUAAAUGAAAAGAAAAUCUCUUAAUGAGGAGCUACUGUGGCUAACUGGAAAGAAGAAAUGUCUAUUUCUGCAAAUAGUUUUUAAAAAGCACUUAAUUCUGACAUUGCAAGUGUCCGAAUAUGAAUAUGCUUCAGAUUUUGGCUCAUGCUGAAAACAAUACCAGUGGAGAGGCCUACGACUGUAGUGCAGACAGCUGUUAUCAUUCAACUUGCCAGUUCCUUACUAUGGUUCAGAGAGGAUUAGUGAUCUACGUGUGCUUUUUCAAGGGAGCUGAUAAAGAACUUCUUCACAAAAUGGUUAAUACACUGUUAAAUGUGAAAUUAAAUGAAACAGAAAAUGGCAAGCAUGUUUCUAUACUGGAUUUGCCUGGUGACAUUCUUAUCAUCCCUCAAGCCACCCUUGGUGGGAGAGUAAAAGGAAGAAACAUGCAGUAUCACUCUAACUCUGGAAAAGAAGAAGGGUUAGAACUUUAUUCUCAAUUUGUGACUUUAUGUGAAAAAGAAUUAGCUGCUAACAGCAAGUAUGCUGAAGCUGGGGUUGUAGUGGAACAUGGCACUUAUGGGAACAGACAGGUGUUAAAGCUGGACACCAAUGGACCAUACACAUUUAAUUGAGUUUUGAAAAUUAUAAAAUAGUUUCUACAGCUGUUUUCUGAACCAAAAUGAUCUGAACUAUAAUUAGAGUUUGUUCCUUUUCAUCCUGAAUACACUAAUCUGCAGUAUUUUUAGACAAAAUCCUGGUUCCUUACAUAACUCUGCAACCUGCCAACUGAAUGACAUUGCCAAGUCACCUGAACUCUGGAUCUCAGUCACCUUUUUUCCUACUUUCCUCUGCCUUUCCUCUCGAAAAUCUGAAAAAUAUUGUCCAUUCACUUCAUAGUCAUUAAGGAAUUGUAUUUAAAGGUUUACAUAUAUUUUAAGUAUUUUGCAGUGAAGAAAUUUGUGCAAUCAAGAAAAAUACAUUUCUCAUACCUUCAAAUUUGCAUAGUAUGUAAUAAAAAUAACUUUGUAUUAAAAUUUAGUAAAAUUCAGUAAAUUAAGUAAUUUAGUAAAUUUAGUAAAGUUACAAACCAAUUGUAACUUUAUCAGUUUUGUUUUACUAUUGUGCAUAUUUUGAAUGAAAGAAUGUAAUCCAUCAUUCCUUUUAAUAGUAUCUAUGAAAAUGUAAUAUAGAAGUGUUAUUGUUAUUAUAUUACUUUCCAAGGACAUCCAAAUGCUUUACAUUAUUUUAAGACUCUUGAGCUGAUAUGAAAACAAGGUAUAGGGGUUUAAAAGCUGUUUUUAUUAAACAUACCUAUACAGAUAGGUUAAUGUUCCGUUUCUCAAUUUUUACUAAAGCCAUGUAUGUCUCAUGUUCUGUCUUUGGUUUUUAAGGAAUUGUUUCAUGAAAUUACUGUUCAUAAGUUUUUUAGGAAGCUCCUUCCCUGUUGAAUUAGAUUGCUAUAAAAGGAAGAAAAGGGACACUUUCUACAAGAAUAGUUUAAAAACAAAUGUACUUAUUUAUUUUAAUAUUUUCUGCUUGAUGAUUUGGAGCCAGCAUCAGUUUUUCUGUCAGUUUAUGGUAUGGACUGGAUAUUUGUGCCCCUCCCCCAAAUGUAUAUGCUGAAGCCCUUAUCCUCAAUGUAAUGGUAUUUGGAGAUAGGGCCUUUGGGAGGUUAUUAUGGCCAUAUGAAGUCAUGAGGACAGAGCCCUUAUGAUGUGAUUAGUGCCCUUAAAAAGAGGCUAGCCGGGCUCGGUGGCUCAGCCUGUAAUCCCGCACCUUUGGGAGGCUGAGGUGAGUGGAUUGCCUG